UCCUCGCUGCUACCACUCGCCUGCACUCUUCUUAUCAGAAGCAUAAUUUUACUGUUCUCUUCCUCCCAUACUCACCACACUACGACUAUUGACAAAUUACUCAUCACUAUGCCUGUCAUCCCCUCGGGUUCUGAUUUCCCACCCCAACAAGGCAACAGCGACAACAGCGCUUCAAAUCAAGAGCAGAGGAACUCCGAUCAGGGAACUCAGAAAGCCACCAUGCUUGAUCACUUGUCUAAGGGUCCUCAAAUCCCCGACAGCAUGCCACCCAAAGUCCCCAGGGAAGAGAUCGAGGCACGUAUGAAGGAACUGAAUAAGUAGGACAACAGAUUUUACAAGCCAGUGGUGGUG